AUGUCGUUCCUCGAGCACCAAGUGAUAAAAGCGGAUGGGGUAUCCUGCAAGCCGGUGAGCAUCAGGUGCAGCAGGGAAAAGUACCGGAGCUUCGACGGCACCUGCAAUAACUUGCAGAAGCCUGGCUGGGGGAGAAAGGGGGCGCCCUUCACGAGGAUCGCCCCGCCACGGUAUGCUGAUGGAAUCUUCUCAAUGCCAGUAGCUAAGAGCGGUCGUCCACUGCCAAAUCCACGAAUACUGUCGACGCGUCUGUUUCCUGAUAUACCUAUACCGAGCAGUUCCCUUAACUAUCUUAACAUGCAAUGGGGACAGUUUGUCACCCAUGAUAUGAUGCAACGUUUGACAGAGGUCACAGAUGAAGGUGGUAUACAAUGCUGCCUUGGAGAAGGUGGCGACGUGCUACCUCCAGAAUGGCAGAACGAUAAAUGCAUCCCCAUUAAAGUUCCCGACGACGAUCCAUUUUAUGGUUAUUACGGGAUCAAGUGCCUCAAUUUAGUCCGGAGUGUCACCACGCCAAGAGACGAUUGCAGUUUGGGAUAUGCAGAACAGAUGAACGCGGUAAGCAGCUACCUGGAUGGCUCUCAGAUCUACGGUUCUGACAAAAAGCAGGCAUCAAUGUUAAGGAGCAAGAAGAAAGGUCGUCUCCGUGAAGAGUACAAGACAAAAGCUAAAAGAGGCUACCUACCCACUGUCAGUGACAAAUCGGCAAGCUGCGUUCUACGAAAUAUGUCGGAACCUUGCUAUUUAGCUGGCGACGGCAGGAUAAACCAGACUCCGACGUUGGCGAUGCUGCACACUCUACUUCUACGGGAACACAACCGCGUCGCGGAUAUACUACAAGGAAUGAAUCCUCAGUGGAGCGACGAAAGAAUCUUUCAGGAGGCUAGGAGAGUCGUGAUAGCGGAACUGCAACAUAUCACAUACCAGGAAUGGCUUCCGUUAAACUUUGGCGAGAGUUACUUCCGUUACUACCGUAUCUCACCGUCUUCAUUGUACAGUCACGACUAUAAUGCGGAUGCGAACGCUGCUAUCAUCAGCAGCUUCGCGACUGCCGCCUUCCGUUCGCUACACUCGCUAGUACCAGACUCCAUCAUGACCUGUCCCUCUAACUACUACACCGCCUAUCUGCAUAAACUUAGCGACCAUUUCCAAAAUCCUAGUCUUCUGGAAACUUCGUCGGAAUCCUUCGACGAUAUAGUACGCGGUGCCCUGGCGCAUGUGUGCUCUGAGGCGGAUCCGUACUGUAGCGGGGAUGUCACCAAUCUACUGUUCAAGACACGCCGUGCAUGGGGACUAGACCUCAUCGCUAUAGAUAUACAGAGGGGCAGGGACCAUGGAAUCGCCUCCUAUAACAAUUUCAGGGAGAUUUGCGGUUUGCGUAGAGCUAAAACGUUUCAAGAUUUAAGUGGAGAGAUACCUCAGGACCGCAUCUAUGCUCUAUCGCAAUUGUACGAGUGCGUAGACGACAUAGAUUUGUUUGUGGGCGGGGUGAUGGAGCAAGCGGUGCACGGUUCGACUCUCGGCCACACGUUCCAGUGCAUAGUGGCGGAACAAUUCUACAGGACGCGGGUCGGAGACAGGUUCUUUUACGAUAAUAGUGAAAUGCCACAUUCUUUCUCCACUGAACAACUCCGGCAGUUAAAAAAGGCUUCUAUCGCUCGUCUGAUUUGUGACAACACUGACGUUAUUUACGUGCAACGGAACGCAUUCGAAAGGGAAAGUCCCGCAAACCCAAAAGAGCAUUGCGAUAACUAUGCUACGAUUCCGUACGUCGAUCUAACCGUUUGGAAAACAAAUUCUAUAUUCGAUUGA